GCGGCGGCGGCUGCCCGCCCGCCCGCCGCGAUGUUCAGCUGGCUGGGCCGCGACGACCGCCGGAAGAAGGACCCGGAGGUCUUCCAGACGGUGAGCGAGGGGCUGAAGAAGCUCUACAAGGCGAAGCUGCUGCCGCUGGAGGAGCACUACAGGUUCCACGAGUUCCACUCGCCCGCCCUGGAGGACGCCGACUUCGACAACAAGCCCAUGGUGCUGCUGGUGGGGCAGUACUCCACCGGGAAGACCACCUUCAUCCGGUACCUCCUCGAGCAAGAUUUUCCUGGCAUGCGGAUUGGGCCGGAGCCGACCACGGAUUCCUUCAUUGCGGUGAUGCAGGGUGAGGUGGAAGGCAUCAUUCCUGGGAAUGCCCUGGUGGUGGAUCCCAAAAAGCCCUUCCGGAAACUGAAUGCCUUUGGGAACGCCUUCUUGAACAGAUUUGUGUGUGCUCAGCUGCCAAAUGCAGUCCUGGACAGCAUCAGUGUGAUUGACACGCCAGGGAUCCUGUCUGGGGAGAAACAAAGGAUAAGUCGAGGGUACGACUUUGCUGCUGUCUUGGAGUGGUUUGCUGAACGGGUGGACCGCAUAAUCCUCCUCUUUGACGCCCACAAGCUGGACAUCUCGGACGAGUUCUCGGAGGUCAUCAAGGCGCUGAAGAACCAUGAGGAUAAAAUGAGGGUCGUACUCAACAAAGCAGACCAGAUUGAGACCCAGCAGCUUAUGCGAGUCUAUGGUGCCCUUAUGUGGUCUCUAGGAAAGAUUGUCAAUACCCCCGAAGUGAUUCGGGUCUACAUCGGCUCCUUCUGGUCCCACCCGUUGCUCAUCCCAGAUAAUCGCAAGCUCUUUGAGGCCGAGGAGCAGGAUCUCUUCCGAGACAUCCAAAGCCUCCCCCGCAACGCAGCCCUUCGGAAACUGAACGACCUCAUCAAGCGGGCCCGUCUGGCCAAGGUUCAUGCCUACAUCAUCAGCUCUCUUAAGAAAGAAAUGCCUUCUGUGUUUGGAAAAGACAACAAAAAGAAAGAGCUGGUGAACAAUCUGGGGGAAAUCUAUGGUCGGAUUGAGCGAGAGCAUCAGAUUUCGCCAGGAGACUUUCCUAAUUUGAAAAAGAUGCAGGAGCAGCUUCAGGGUCAAGAUUUCAGCAGAUUCCAGCCUCUGAAGAGCAAAUUGUUGGAUGCUGUGGAGGACAUGCUGGCCAACGACAUUGCCCAGCUGAUGGUCUUGGUGCGCCAGGAGGAAUCCCAGAGGCCUGUCCAGAUGGUGAAGGGCGGAGCCUUUGAGGGCACCCUGCACGGCCCCUUUGGACACGGCUACGGGGAAGGAGCUGGGGAAGGAAUCGAUGAUGCCAAUUGGGUGGUGGCCCGAGACAAGCCCAUGUACGAUGAGAUCUUCUACACCUUGUCACCUGUGGAUGGGAAAAUAACGGGAGCGAAUGCCAAGAAAGAGAUGGUGAGGUCCAAGCUGCCCAACACCGUCCUGGGCAAGAUCUGGAAACUGUCCGACAUUGACAAGGAUGGGAUGCUGGAUGACGAAGAGUUUGCUUUGGCUAACCAUCUCAUCAAAGUCAAGUUGGAAGGCCAUGAGCUUCCAAGCGAGCUUCCUCCUCAUCUCAUCCCUCCCACCAAGCGGAAACUAGCAGAGUGAGCGGUUCCUGGAACGCCAUCAGGGAAAUGGGGAGGGAAGAAAAGGAGAUGUCCCUGGGCGGUUCCUCUUGAGUUGCGUGAGCUCCA